AUGGGCAACAACCUGAAAUCUCUCAACUCAUCCUCACCUGAAAGAACAUCAAACUCUACGUUAGACUUUAAAGCGACAGACAGCACAGCAUCAUGUCUAUUCAAGUACGAUGCAUCAUUCAAUGUCGGGCCUUAUGGGAUCCAAGGUCACCAGAUACAGGAUGCUACCACUUCCACUAAUCUCACUGCCGGCGAGACCAAGUUCUUGGUCGCCUACGUCAAGCAUAUGAAGUCCACUCCAGAAGUCGACUGGGACUCAAUCGCACGAGAACUAGAUUACGAAAAGGUGGACUCGGCGAAGAAGUUUUUCAGCAAACUGAAGAUCAAGCUUAAGCAGGGCACUGGCUCCAACACUGGAGGAGGCGGAGGAACACUCAGCUCCUCGGUAUUGCAGCCUACCCCUAAAGGUAGCAAAAAGAGAGCUGCUGGACAAGCCGCGGAAGGAUCGUCACCGACUAAGAACUCAGGAGGCAAGAUGAUGUGA